GGACAGAGAUGGCACUGAGCCCCGAGUCCACAAGCAGGUUCCCCGUGCUGGCCACCACAGGCAGCUCCACACCUCAGCCACCUGGCAGCCCCAACACAUCUCUCAAUGGCUCCUGGAUCAGCCCAACGGAGCCCAGCUCCCUGGAGGACCUGGUGGCCACAGGCACCAUUGGGGCGGUGCUGUCUGCCAUGGGUGUGGUGGGUGUGGCAGGCAAUGCCUACACGCUGGUGGUCACCUGUCGCUCCCUGCGAGUCGCAGCCUCCAUGUACGUCUAUGUGGUCAACCUGGCACUGGCCGACCUGCUCUACCUGCUCAGCAUCCCAUUCAUUGUGGCCACGUACAUCACCAAGGACUGGCGCUUCGGGGAUGUGGGAUGCCGUGUGCUCUUCAGCUUAGACUUCCUGACCAUGCACGCCAGUAUCUUCACACUCACAGUCAUGAGCAGCGAGCGCUGUGCAGCUGUGCUGAGGCCACUGGACACAGUGCGGCGCUCCAAGGGCUACCGCAAGCUCCUGGUGCUGGGCACCUGGUUGCUGGCUCUGCUGCUGGCACUGCCCAUGAUGCUGGUCAUCCAGCUGGUACGCAGGGGCCCCAAGAGCCUCUGCCUGCCUGCCUGGGGUCCACGCGCCCACCGCGCCUACCUGACACUGCUGUUCGGGACCAGCGUGGUGGGGCCUGGGCUGGUCAUUGGGCUGCUGUACGCGCGCCUGGCCCGGGCCUACUGGCGCUCACAGCGGGCCUCCUUCCAGCACUCACGGCGGUUGCCCAACCCGCGUGUGCCGCGCCUCAUUCUGGGCAUUGUGCUGCUCUUCUGGGCCUGCUUCCUGCCCUUCUGGCUGUGGCAGCUGCUGGCCCAGUACCAAGAGGCCCUGCCACUGGCACCCCGGGCUGCCCGCGUUGUCAACUACCUGACCACCUGCCUCACCUACGGCAACAGCUGCCUCAACCCCUUCCUCUACACUCUGCUCACCAGGAACUACCGUGACUACCUGCGCAACCGCCCACGUGCCCAGGGCAGCGCUGGCCGGGGGCCCUCGGGCUUCCUAUCUUACCGUGUCCGCUUCCAACGCAGUUCCGGCCGCUCCCUGUCCUCCUGCAGCCAGCAGGCCACUGAGUCCAUUGUGCUGGCCCCUGCAGGCUCUUGCAGGCCUGUGCUUGAGGGGCCGCAGGUGUCCCCUCUCCUGUGGGCACCUCUAGGCAACACCAUCGAUGACCAGCAGCUCUAUAAGCAGCAGCUCCAUACCUUGUCCCCCCCCACCUCCAAACAGAAGUACCCAGGCACAUACAUGUUCCUCACAACCUCCAUGUCCCAUGCCCUAAUCCAGGAAGCAGUGAGCAGCAAGACCAUGGGCCUGGUGGCCUCAGACCCAGUUGGCGGCUGCUCCUGUUCCAAGACUGUCUCCACAGGACUUUCCAUAUUCCAGAGGUAUCAGAAGAGACCCAUGUGUGAAGAGGAGGAAGACCGUGAGGAGGCCUCUGGCACAGGAAGGGCCAAGGAGGGGGGCAGAGGAAUCACCCACAUUGGAGCCCUGGGGCAGCAUGAACGAAUGGGGGCAGCAUGGAUGUGUGAGGACAGCAUGGAGACACGGGGGCAGUGUGGAUUCAUGGAGGCAGUGUGGACGUCCUUUUACUCUACACACUGGGCUACUGGCACCUGCUUUCCAGAAGGAAACGGGUGCUCAAGGCUGGCGGCUGAUGAGGUCAGACCUGCUGCCUCUGCCCAGAGCAAAAACAGUGAAAGGAAGGUGUACUGGGCAACCUUUGGGCACCAGGAACAAGGCCACAGAGGGCCCAGUGCCCAGUGGUCCCUGACCACUGAGCUGAGUCGAGGUGGAGAGUACAUGGCCCCUGCACGCCUGCCCAGGAAGCUGAAGGCCAGGAGCCAUCUCUACCCAAGACGUAGCCAAGAGGCAGCCUGGGGCCCAGGAUACUCCCUUUUCCCCUAUAAGGCCCUAGAGCAGCUCCAUGGCCACAGGGUGCCAAGGAUGACAGCCUUCUCCAGUGUUGGAGGCAUCUGUAUCGGGGGCUCAUGA